AUGGGCAACUACGUUUCAUGCGCUCUAAGCAAAACGACAUCGUCCGAUUCACCGUCACAUGGAGCCAAAGUGAUUCUCCCGGAAGGUGGAGUACGUGACAUCCACGCGCCGAUGAAAGCAGCCGAGCUCAUGAUGGAGAUGCCAAGUCAUUUUCUCGUCGACGCUAAAUCGUUGAAAAUCGGUCGGAAAUUCACCCCACUCGCCGCGGACGAGAAUCUCGACCUAACAGGCUGCCACGUGUACGUCGCCUUCCCGAUGACACGUGUCGCUUCCGCGGCCAACGCAUCCGACAUGGCUCGGCUUUACCUUACCGGAAAGAAACGCUCGAAAAGCGUUGACAAUAGGAGAGUGUCUCCGGAGGAAGAGGAAAAUGACGUCAGGGUGAUGUCGGGAAGUGCGGAGCUGAAUCUUGAAGAAAUAGAAGAUUUCUCGGCGUCGGAGUUUAUUCAUCGGAUCUCUGUUUCCAAAUCCAAGAAGCCACAGUUGGAGACUAUUGUAGAAGAACACGUGUCCUGA